UCAGCAGAGUCUCUCCUCUCACACCACCUCAGUACUACAGACCCUCUGUGACCAUGUCUGUCAGAGCCUUGAAGACCACCACCUACUCCACUGUGUCCUCCUCUAAGGGCCCAUCCCAAGGCUUCAGCAGCCGCUCCUUCUCCGGCUACGGGGGGCGUAGUAGUGUGGGCAGUGGCAGGCAGAGCUACGCUGUCCGCAGCUCCUAUGGGGGCUUGGGCAGCAGUGGUGCUGCUGUAGGUGCUGGGGGGUUUAAAGUGGCCGGUGGGUAUAUUGCCGGGGGGUCUUCACAAAGAGGAGGCGGAGUAGAGUUUGGCUAUGUGGGCUUCGGUGGAGGUAUGGCAGGUGGCAUGGCCAAUGAAGUGGUGACCCCUAUCACAGCUGUAACUGUGAACAAGAGCCUGCUGGCCCCCCUGAACCUGGAGAUUGACCCCACCAUCCAGGCGGUCCGCACCCAGGAGAAGGAGCAGAUCAAGACCCUGAACAACCGCUUUGCUUCCUUCAUUGACAAGGUACGCUUCCUAGAGCAGCAGAACAAAAUGCUUGAGACCAAGUGGAAACUUGUGCAGGAACAGACCACAUCUCGCUCCAACGUCGAUGCCAUGUUCGAAGCCUACAUCAGCAACCUGCGUAAGCAGCUCGACAACUUGGGCCACGAGAAAGUCAAACUUGAGUCCGACCUGCAUCACAUGACGGGGCUGGUUGAGGACUUCAAAAACAAGUAUGAGGAUGAGAUCAACAAGCGCAAUGAGUGUGAGAACAGCUUUGUCCUCCUAAAGAAGGACACUGACGCUGCCUACAUGAUCAAAGUGGAGCUGGAAGCCAAACUGGAUGGGCUCUCUGAUGAGAUUGAGUUCCUGAGGCAGCUCUAUGAUACAGAAAUCAACGAGCUACAGUCCCAGAUCAAGGACACGUCUGUUGUGGUGGAGAUGGACAACAGCCGUGACCUUGACAUGGACGCCAUUGUUGCUGAAGUGCGUGCCCAGUACGAAGACAUCGCCAACCGUAGCAGAGCCGAGGCAGAGUCAUGGUAUCAGACAAAGUAUGCAGAGAUGCAGCAGUCAGCAGGAAAAUAUGGGGAUGACCUGAAGUCAACCAAGGCUGAGAUCUCUGAAAUGAACCGCAGAAUAAUGAGGCUCCAGUCUGAAAUUGACAUGGUCAAAGCACAGCGAAACAGUUUGGAAGCUCAGAUCGCAGAGGCUGAGGAGCGUGGUGAGAUGGCAGUGAAGGACGCUAAACUCCGCAUCAGAGAUUUGGAAGAAGCUCUGCAGAGAGCCAAGCAGGACAUGGCCCUUCAGGUCCGGCAGUAUCAGGAACUGAUGAAUGUGAAGCUGGCUCUGGACAUUGAGAUCGCCACCUACAGGAAGCUGCUGGAAGGAGAGGAGUACAGGUUGGCAACUGGGAUCAAGACCAAUAUCUCCAAACAGACCUCUGUGAACUACAAUGCCUACGGCCUGGAGAGCUCCAGAACCCCGUCCUACGUCAGCUGCUCCUUCGGUGGAGCCAGUGCCAGUGCCAGUUCCGGCACCAGUGCCAUUGCCAGGAGUGGUCCUGCUGUUGACCUCGAGGGAACAACAGUUAAGAGCACCACAAUCACCAAGACAGAAACCGUGGUGAUCAAGACCGAGGAGAAAAAGGAGGAGAAGGAGGAGGAGGAGAAGAAGGAAGAGGAGCAGGUAGCAGUAGAUGAGCCAGCUGUUGAGGAGAAGAAGGAGGAGCAGGAGCAGGUGGAGGCUGAAGCUGUGGCUGAGGAGUGAUGUGUUUGUUCCUGUUUUGUCAGAUUUAUGAUUUUGGUCUUGGAAGUUAAGAAAAUAUACACAGACUCUGUUUUAUUAUCUAGUUCUUUAGCGACCCUGUCACCAUUGUGCCUUCACCAAACAAUGUUUCUGCUGUAAGAGAACUUUCCUUCAGAUAUCCUGAACAAGGAGGUGCUAAUGGAAGAGUCUUUGUUCAGGUUUCUGAAAACUCUUUACUGUCCACUGUAGUUUUUCACUGCCCACUGUUCAGAGAUCACUGCACCACACUUGUUUAUCCAGCAGGUGGCACUAUUGUAUGUGUUUUCCUCUGCUGCUCCAUCUUGCCGCUGGAGGAACUCAAACCACUGCUGUCACAUCGAGUGUAGUUAGAUACUGCUGAUAGGAGAAAUAGGGUGAAUGUGAACAUGCUGAACUCUGUAUGCUAAACCUGCUGAACUUAAACAGUUAAAGUUAAGAAAGGCGAACAUCUGUCACAAACUGUUAGAAAACCCUUUUUGGUGUGCUACUGUUGGCAGCACCUGGAGUCCUGUUUGCUCGACAAUAAAUCUUCUUCAAAAAGUA